AUGGAGCUUCUUUGUUUCUCAAGUAAACUUUCUCACGUUCUUGAUUUGCUGAUGAAGUGUGAUAGUUAUCGGCAUUUGAGAUAUAUAACUGUUGGGAAUGUUAGUUACAUCUGUAGCACUUCCUUGUUCAAUUUGAAAUUUUGUAAAAUGUUUCUCUUAUCAAAUACCAUGAAAUUAAUUUUUUUAAUUUUCGGUUUUAAUUUGUUUGAUGUACAUGCAGAGUUAAGUGAUGGAAAAGAAUUAAAGUCAUUAUGUAACGAUAGGUACUGCUUGUACUCCAAUGGAACAUCAACUUCCUACACAAGUGUUGAUGAGAUGAGAGGUGUUUGUACAGGCUGGAACAUGAGUGUUUGGUUGUUGGAGGUGUACGAUGCUGAGCUUCAAAAUUUGACGGAACGAUUUAUCGAUAUUUACAAUUUUAAAGAUAAAAAUAUUCCAUUGAAUAUGAGAAGAAACACGCAAGGAUGGAUGUGGAUCAACAACCAGCCACUUUUGAAUCAGACGUCAAUUACAAAUCAAUAUGAAACUAGGAGUGUUUCUUACAUGUUAAAAAGCCCAAAUUCUGACAAAGUUGAAUAUUUGGGUGCUGGAAACGAAAACACUUGUGAGAGAGCUAUUUGUCAAAUUUUAAAAACGACUAAUUGCAAAACGAGCGAGAGUCUACAGUAUAAAAACUUUUGUUAUUUGCCAAUUUUGAGAGAGCCAAUGUAUUGGCACGAAGCUCAAAAUGAAUGCAUCAAGUUGAAUGGCACAUUGGCAGUGUUUGAUGGUAUGGAUUUGAAUAGCUACAAUAAAACGUGGGUGCAAUCAUUAGUGGCUGAUAAAUACUUGAUUGGAUUGGCCCGAGGACAAUUUAUGUGGGAUCACUCAAACAGUUUUGUUAAUUUCUCUCAAUGGAGAGAUAGAAAUCUCAAUUUGAGUUUUUCAUGCCCCGUCAUCUACAACCUGAAAGUUUGGGUGAACCUGAAUUGUCCAAGAUAUUCAUACGUUGUUGUGUGCAUGAAAGAAAACCCAAAUAUAUCUCUGAACACCGGAAAAUCACUUAUUGUAUCUGGGAAUUAUACGACACCUAGCACAACAUCAGCAAUAAUUAACGUUAACAUCACCAAGGACCCCGGCUUCAGCACAAAACUGGGUGAACAACAAAACAUCAACUCUAUGGCCAUCGGAAUUGGAGUUGGAGUGUCGUUGUUUGUGUUGUUGUCGGUGGCUGUAGUUGUGCUGGUUGUCUGCUUGUGGAGGAAGAAAAAAAUGUGGUAG